CGCUCCCGCCGCGGCUCGGGCAGGCGGACGGGCGGCACCGCGACUCCCGCGCAGCAGCAGCACCGUCCCGAGGGGCUCUGCCCCUCGCCCGCCCGCCGCUUCGCCUCCGCCGGCGCAGCCCGAGCCAUGCUGCUCCUGGCCGCCGCCUUCAUCGUGGCCUUCGUCCUCCUCCUCUACAUGGUGUCGCCGCUCAUCAGCCCCAAGUCUCUCAAGCUGCCGGGCGCGCACGUCGUGGUAACUGGAGGCUCCAGUGGAAUUGGAAAAUGUAUUGCUAUUGARUGCUAUAAGCAAGGUGCUUUCAUAACACUGAUUGCAAGGGAUGAGAACAAGCUGUUGCAGACGAAGAAAGAAAUAGAAAAGUACUCAGUUAAUGACAAGCAGGUUGUACUUUGUAUUUCUGUUGAUGUGUCUAAAGACUACGAACAGGUGGAGAACGUUCUAAAACAGGCUCAGGAGAAGCUGGGGCCAGUCGAUAUGCUUGUAAACUGUGCAGGAACAUCAGUUACAGGAAAAUUUGAGGAUAUUGAAGUGAAUUCUUUUGAAAGAUUAAUGGCAGUGAAUUACCUGGGCAGUGUUUACCCAAGCCGAGCAGUAAUCGCUACCAUGAAGGAACGAAGAAUGGGAAGGAUUGUAUUUGUAUCAUCUCAGGCUGGGCARUUAGGCCUGUUUGGUUAUACAGCUUAUUCUCCAACAAAAUUUGCUCUUCGAGGGUUGGCUGAAGCCUUGCAAAUGGAGGUAAAACCUUAUAAUGUCUACAUAACAGUGGCCUAUCCUCCAGAUACUGACACACCUGGAUUUGCAGAAGAAAGUAAAACAAAGCCCUUAGAGACAAAGUUGAUUUCUGAAACCUCAUCUGUUUGCCAAGCAGAACAAGUCGCCAGAGUUAUAGUGAAAGAUGCCAUACAAGGGAACUUCAACAGCUCAGUUGGAUCAGAUGGUUACAUGCUGUCAAUAUUGACAAGUGGAAUGUCACCAGUCACUUCUAUUACUGAAGGUCUUCAGCAGGUUGUUUGCAUGGGCAUUUUUCGCAUCAUUGGCCUGUUUUACCUAGGAAGUUUUGACAGCAUAGUUCGUCGCUGCAUGAUGCAAAGGGAAAAAUCUGAAAGUGCAGAUAAAACUGAGUAAUCCUUACUUUGAGUAGAAAGAAGAAUGUCAAGCGGUCCUGGACAGCUUGCUGCUGAAGUGGGACUCAGUUUUGCUCCUGAAGGAUUUAGAAUGGAAGURCUUGCAUGUGUGACAGAGGAGUCCCCUCAAAAGCUAUGAAAGAAAAAAGUACAACUCCAGAAAAUGCCAAACUAUGCAAAAGUAUGAAUGAGGAUUAGAUACUUUUUUUUUGGUGAUUUGAGUUGGAAAGAAUUUGGAGAGCUUGUAAGURAUCUGCAGAGCAGAAUUUGAGAAUGGACUAUGUGCAGUAAUUCUGGACAAAUACUUAAGUUUUCUCACUGUGGUGCUUAUGCACAAAGUAAGUACCAUGGCAGACCGGGCUGAAGUAGAUUGAAGUCCCCUGAACAAGUUGGUACCUUUUGCUGACGUUUUGGGACUGCUUUUGRUUUAGAAUGUUAACUUUUCCUUUGGCCAAUCUACAGAUCCUUCUGUCAAUGACAGUUUCCUUAUUCUGUCCAACAUAGGACUGUGGAAACCUGAAGAUGGCAAAUACAUUUGUAUGAUCCAAGCUUUCUCAGUGUGGGAGUAAUUAAAAAGUAUGGCUUAAUAUAUGCUUACUUUCUAAAGGGAGAUGAAGAACCCAUUCCCACAGAGAAAUGCUAGGAAAUGUGRUAGGGUCUGUAGCCCUUCUGGCCUUUGAAGUAUAUCAUGAAAAAAACCAGAAUUAAACCAGUAUCAAGUGUGUCAGUUAUGACUCAGCAUUUUAAGCCAUUGAAACAAUGUAUAAUUUUUACAGAUACUUAAUCUGCCAGUUUUUGCUCUGGAAAGGAAAGUGGCUUAAUGCUACUGUUAUGCACAUUAAUUUCAAAGCUGCAAAUGAUGAGCCAAACCAAUAGUUGAUUAUAGAAUCAAUUGUAAUUAAAAUGCCAGGCUCUUCCAGUAGCAGGAAUGUAGCUUUUUAGGGCAGAGGGGUCYGGAGGGGGGAGAGGUGUGUGUCAGAAUGGCCUUUCACAUUUUAUUUUCUCACUACACGGAAAAGCUUUCACAUGAGAAAUUACAUAAAAUACUCUCCUUAUAUGACCCACUUCUGAUUUGUUUCAUUUACAUUAUAUGAAACAAGGCUGCUCAAUAACUGCUUCAGAAUACACAGAACCCAGUGGUUGUUUCUAAUAAAUCUCAUUUAACACUGAAAAAGCUUGAUGCAUAACAUUGAUGUUUUAAGGGUGCACUAUGUAUACAGUUUAUUCAAUGGACCACUAUAGUAAGUGCCUUGUGAGCUGCUUUUUUUUUCAAAAGCUGCAUAUUUUGUAUUUGUUAGCACUGCUGUGUUUUCAAUGUCAUCUUUCAAUUUUCAUUCAGUACUCCAAAUCUAAAAUUAUGUGUAAAACUGGGCACUUUCACUUCUUUGAAAGUAAUUCUUAACAACCAAAAUAGGCAACACUGAUUGCUUUUGUUAAGAGAUUCUCUAUAUCUAUUUAAAAAGAGGUAUUCAAGUAAACUGAAAUGAAAAAUAAUGGGUGGUUAACUGGAAAUCUGUAGAAUAUAAUUUAUUGAGACUAUUUAUGUUCCCUCUCUGAAUUAGGUCGAUCACUUUUCAAAUUUUUUGCACAUAGUCUUAACUUGCUUUAAUACCUGGCUACAAACAUUUUUGGAGAGGAUCACAUUUGUGCUCUCAUUUUAAGUGGUGAUAAUUCAUUAGACUGCAAAUGUUGAGGCACUGUUGAAUUCUUCACAAAGCCUAUGUUUUAGGUCCUGCCUCCUGAUUUUCUUUAGAUAUGUGAAAUUGUGCAUGCCUAUAAUAUGAUAAUAAUUUUGAGAAUAUAGUGUAUUCCUGCAUUUUUAAACAGCUUGGCUUCAGUGCAAAGAAAUCUAGUGUGCAUAUGUAUUUCCUGUGCUGCUUAAUGUGAAUGACAUAAAGGAGCAUUUGUCAUACGUUYGUUGUCAAUGUUGCUGUGUUUCUUAAAGCAACAUAACAGUGCUCUUCAUGGAAUCAUGGAAUGGUCUGGGUUGGAAGAGACCUUAAAGUUCAUCUCRUUCCAAACCCCCUACCAUGGGUAAGGACAUCUUCUAGUAGCCCAGCUUGCUCAAGGCUCCAUCCAACCUGGCCUUGAACACUUCUUCAGACCCUGUGAUUUAUGUUAUUCUUCUUUUGAUACAAAUCAAAUACUCUUUUGACCACC